AUGGUGCGUGUGUCAAACUGUUCCCUCUCUAACGAUCAGUUCCCUUUGUCAUCUGAGAUAUUUCAAGUCAUCAAGGGCCAAAUCUGGAUCUUCUUGGUACCAAUAUUCCUGGGUUUGGUGCAGGUCGGUCUCUUCUUGGAACAGAUAGGCUUCUUCUUGCGUCAUGGCAAGAGCUCCCACCGCACCAGCCUUUCACUCUGGAUCCUGGGAGUCUAUCCGGUGUUCAGCCUCACUUCCCUCAUUGGUUUGUUCAUCCCUCGAGCCUUCUUUGUCUGCAGCUUUGUAGGAUCCAUCUACCACUCCAUCACCCUCUGGAAAUUCCUCACUUUGAUCCGAGAUUUCUUUGGUGGCUCAGAUCGAAUGCUCCACCAGCUGGCAGGACAGCGUGUCUCUCCAAACCCUUUCCCGUGUUGCUGCUGUUGUUGUCUUCCUGAGAUUGCAGUCAACCGAACCAACCUGCGAUGCAUGACAUUGGCUGUGUACCAGCUCUCCAUCAUCCGGAGCAUUCUCUUCUUUGUCACCCUUAUACUGUGGACAGAUGAGAAAUACGACUAUGGUGAUGUGGGCUACACCAACCCCAACUCCUACAUCAAUGUUAUCAUUGGCAUCUCCACUUUCCUCUCCUUCUAUGGCUAUUUGCUCUUCUACAAGGCCACCAAGCCAGCACUUGCUGGCUACAGCUUGCGCUCCAAAUUUGUCUGCAUCAUCUUGGUUCUAGUUCUCUGUGGCCUGCAGAGCGGGAUCCUGGAAACCAUGGGAGCGGUGGGUGCCAUCCCUUGCAGCCCGCCUCUGUCGCCUGUCACUCGUGCUCAAGUGAUCUACUACUAUUCAUUGGCCGUGGAGAUGUUUUUUAUUGGCCUGUUUGCCCGUUACUCCUUCCGAAGAGCUGAACCCCAACCGGAUACUAGGCAGCUUCCUCGACACCGUGCAUCUCAAACUGAGGGGCCCCACUCGGAGGACAGUAGCCCAGCAGAUGAGACAUCCAUAAAGGGAAUAAACACUGCCUAUCUCCCCGAGGAGUCUCUGUAUACAAUUGAGCACUCUCCGCUGGAUAGGUUUGAUUUCAUGGUUGGGGAGCCGGAGGCCAGACAGCAGGAAAGCUGGGGAGUGGGUAGCCAGAGAAUGGGAGCCCCAAAUGCAUACGGACUUAAGCCAAGCUUGCCUUCUCAAAAAAUUGGGAUUGAACCGCCAUCGGCUGGAAUCCAAGUUCAAGCACAGGUUGUCAAAGUGGAUGCUGAUGAUAUCACUGUGGUAUAAAUGCAAUUGC